GAUGACCACCAACGCACGAACGAAAUAAUUUUUGGUUUUACUAGCUUUAAGGAUAGUAGUAACACUCUUUUUCUAACUUGUUUUAAAGUUUUUUUAAUAGUGAUAUUAAUUGUUAUUGCUAUUGUCCUUACUUCACUAAUAUUAAUAACGACUGUAGAUACGUACGAAUACGAUUUGCUGCUGAAUGCCGAUAUCAAUCAAAUACAGCAACAUUUUCACUCUUAUUACUUCAAAGUGUCGAACAUGGUCGAAAAAGUGGUGUAUACGUUUAAUAUUAUCAAUUGUGUUAAAACGCGGUCGUUGUACAACUUCGGAAUGCAGCCGGUCGUUUUUUCGGUAGCAGAGGCGUUGAACGGUCGCGCUGGAUGGGUUCGCAGCGGUAGAAACAUCGUUUACUAUAGAAAUUACUACUGUCUUCCCGAAGCCGACGUUCAAACGAAAAAAAUCAACCGAGGUGGCAACUUUUAUACAGCAAGCUUUUGUAUGUCAUUCCGCCAUUCGUACGACAUCUGCUACUUCGCAUACCAUUAUCCGUACACGUAUUCGUCAUUGAAACUUCUUUCGCCACAGAGUAACGUUCAUUUUCGUACCGAACGGCUUUGCUACAGUCUGGCUAAAAAUCCCGUGUUCAUUCUUACUCUAACUGAAGCAGGCAGCGCUGCUCAGAUUCGCUCGAGAGAGCUGGUGAUAAUUUCGGCACGAAUUCAUCCCGGCGAGUCGAAUGCUAGUUGGAUGAUGCACGGUAAUUAUGUUUCGAACUUAAACCGAGCGAAACAACGAUUUAGAUUUCUGUUUCGUUUCAAACAUUUGCGUUUUCAUUUUAUAAUUCCAUCAUUGUGGUUGUAUGAUGGCAGUCGGUCUGCGUGCAGUUUUGUGACCGCGUGUUCAAAUUUUUAUGAAUCGCAGACGCCUACUCUUUGUUUCCUUUAUCCCAUGUUACAUUUCAUUCAGUGGCUUUUUGUGAGCUCUAAAACUUUUGUCAAAUUUUUCAAUUUCAGAAGUUAA